AUGGUUGGCCUCCCAGCCAGGGGCAAAAGUCUUAUAGCUGGCAAAGCUAUGAGAUAUCUCGCCUGGGUCGGUAUUCCUGCUCGUGUGUUCAAUGUCGGCACCUAUCGCCGACAGGGCACGCCGCAACCCAACGCCACGUUCUUCGACCCCCACAACGAGGAAGGGGAGAAGAUGCGCCGUGCCGCAGCGGAUGCUGCGAUUACAGAUAUGAUUCAGUGGUUUGAUGCUGGCAAGGGUCUCGUCGCGAUCUUGGAUGCGACGAACUCGACGAAAGAGCGCCGCCGCUGGAUCAAUGAGCGCUGCCGAGAAGCUAACAUCGAGACGUUAUACGUCGAGUCGAUAUGUGACGAGGAGGAUUUGAUUAUGAACAAUAUCCUCGAGGUCAAGACGACAUCGCCAGACUACAAGGGGCAGGACCCGGAAGUUGCUGCUCGGGAUUUCCGCGAGCGAAUCCGCAACUAUGAGAAAGUUUAUGAGACCAUCGACGAUGGCGAGAAAAAUUAUACCUACGUAAAACUCAUCAACGUUGGUUCUACUGUCAUCAUUAACCAGAUCAAGGACUACCUGUCCAGUCGGCUAGUCUAUUACAUCCAGAACCUCCAUAUCAAGCCUCGCUCGAUCUGGUUGUCUCGCCAUGGAGAGUCGGAAUAUAACCUAACAGGGAAAAUCGGAGGUGACUCCAACAUCUCUGAACGCGGUGAGGCUUAUGCCAAAGCCUUACCUGGUCUACUGAAGAAGUCUGGUGUUCCUCCCAACACGAAGAUUGUGAUCUGGACCUCCACGCUCAAACGAACAAUUCAAACGGCUCGGCACCUAGCCGCGGAGACUGGUUUUGAGAAACUGGAGUGGAAGGCUUUAGAUGAGCUCGACUCCGGAGUUUGUGACGGAUUGACCUACGAGGAAAUUGCUGAGAAAUACCCGGAGGACUUCGCGGCCCGUGAUGAGGACAAAUACAACUACCGCUAUCGGGGUGGAGAGUCGUAUCGCGACGUGGUUAUUCGUUUGGAACCCAUUAUCAUGGAGUUGGAGCGCAGCGAGAAUGUGAUUAUCGUGACCCACCAGGCUGUAUUGCGCUGCAUAUACGCCUACUUCCUCAACACACCACAAGAGCAGAGCCCUUGGAUGGAGGUCCCCCUCCACACGCUCAUCAAACUUACCCCGCGUGCAUAUGGCACAGAAGAACAACGGUUCAAGGCCGAUAUUCCUGCAGUGUCGACCUGGCGCGCUAAGGGCACCUCAGCAAAACACCAGGAAUACCGCACGGAAACCAAGGCUAAGAGGUGCACCAUGUUAUCCGCCUUCACCGCUCGACCGCUCGUCGAGUUCAAGCCGCGCGACCGAUCGCGCAUCGAAUCCGUUCUCGCAUACGGGGACCGCGUUCUGGUGGGGCUGAAUAAUGGCAGUUUACGGAUCUAUCGGGUGAAUGAGGUGGAGAAGGAGUCUGGUGAUGACGACGGAGGGUUGCGAGAUGGCCCUCAUGGUACGAAGGGGGAUGGUGGUGGCGGUGAUGAUGGUGCGCUGGGGAAUAAUGUUAAUGGGGCUGCUGGUGCUUCUCAGGGUCCGACGAUAACGACGAGCAAUAGUAUGAAGCAAACGGAUCUUCUGCGUGAGGUGGAGAAGUUCUCGCGGUACAAGGUCGAGCAGUUGGCCUUGAUCAAGGAGGCGAAGUUGUUGGUCUCGCUGUCGGGUGGAUAUGUGUCGAUUCAUGAUCUGCAGACGUAUGCGCUGCAGGAGCAAAUGACGCGCACGAAGGGGGCGUCGACGUUUGCGGUGACGUCGAAUAUCGUGAAUGAUCCCGAGACCGGGGUGCCGUCCAUUGUGUCGCGGCUGGCGGUGGCGGUGAAGCGCAAGAUCUUGCUGUGGGUGUGGAGGGAUAUGGAGGUGGAAGCCGAGGUCAUGGAGAUGACUCUCGUCAGUGGGAUCAAAACGCUCACCUGGGUCUCGGGGACGAGAUUGGUGGCUGGGCUGGCGUCGAGCUUUGUGAUGAUCGAUAUCGAGAAAGCCAGCGUGACGGAUCUGGUGGGCCCUGGGAGUAUCGGCGGGCUCGGGGGCCAGGAAACUGGCCGCUUGACUGGCGUUGGGGUCGCCAGUAUGAGUUAUAUUGGUAUCGGAGGGUCGGCUCCGAAGCCCCUGGCGACGAGAUUGUCGGAGGGUCAGGUUUUGUUGGCCAAGGACAUCAAUACGCAAUUUAUUGAUAUCGAUGGUGCCUCGCUAGGGAGGCGUCAGAUCCCUUGGAGUCAUGCCCCAGCCGAUAUCGGGUAUUCGUAUCCAUUCCUCCUGGCGCUGCAUGAUGCGUCCAAGGGUGUGCUGGAGGUGCGUAACCCGGAGACGCUGUCGUUGCUCCAGUCGAUUCCGCUGCCGUCUGCCAAUAUCUUGCACAUUCCCCAGCCUACGAUCAGCUUAUUCCAUGCAGGCAAAGGUUUCUUGGUGGCGAGCGAACGUACAAUCUGGCGCAUGGAGGCGCUGAGCUAUGAUACCCAGAUUGACUCGCUGGUGGAGAAGGGCUAUCUGGACGAGGCGAUUAGUCUGGCGAGUAUGCUCGAGGAUGCUCUUCUGAGGGACAAGCAAGGCCGACUACGUGAGAUCAAGCUCGAAAAAGCCGAGGGGCUGUUUCGACUGCGGAAAUAUGCAGAUUCGAUGGACAUCUUCACGGAAAUAUCCGCGCCGCCGGAGACGGUGAUAAGACUCUAUCCCAAGAUCGUGGCAGGGGAACUAUCAUCGGUCCUUGAGGAUUCGGAAGAAUCCGAAGACAGCUCCACCGAAAGCCCGUCUAAAACGCCCGAUAACCAAAAGCAGGUCGACGGCAAUCACACUGCGAAUGCUGCUGUUGCAGCCACAGCCAAGACGCUCUCGCAUGCUCCCUCGGUCAUGUCGCUACUGCGGUCCAAGACGGAGGAUUUUAACGAUGCGGCCAGUAUCCGGACAAGAAUGACGGAGGAGGCCAAGACCGACAAGGCUCUUCAAGGCAACGACCUCAAACUGGCUGUUCGUGAGCUGCAGAGGUACCUGGCAGAUGUGCGUCGGCGGUUCCAGCGCUUCCUCAGCCCUGACGGCUCUCUGAAGGUAUUUGAUAUGCCAGCCGACGGGGCAACAGAUGAAUUGACCGACUCCGUGAUGAAAUUACUCGAGGUCAGAACCAAGAAUGCACAGGACCCCGAAUUUGGUGAGAAGAUCCGAGAGAAAGCCAAACUUGUUGAUACUACCCUCUUUCGCGCGUACAUGUAUGCUAUCCCCGCGCUGGCGGGAUCGCUUUUCCGGAUCGCGAACUUCUGCGAUCCAGACGUGGUCAUGGAGCGACUCGAGGAGACCGGUCGACACAACGAUCUGAUCGACUUUCUGUACGGCAAGAAGCUGCAUCGACAGGCGCUGGAGCUGCUGCAACGGUUCGGUCAGGCCGAGCAAGAGGAGGAGACGGCUCCGCAGCUGCACGGGCCCAAGCGGACCGUCGUCUACCUGCAGAACAUGCCCGCAGACAAAAUCGACCUCAUCCUCGAGUUCGCGGAAUGGCCGCUGCGCGAGGAUCCUGACCUGGGCAUGGAGAUCUUCCUGGCCGACACGGAGAAUGCGGAGACCCUGCCCCGGCAUCGCGUGUUGGACUUUCUCCGGCGGAUCGAUGUUAACCUGGCCGUGCGAUACCUGGAACAUGUCAUCGGCGAGCUGAACGACAUGUCGCCGGAUCUUCACCAGCAACUUCUCAAUUUCUACUUGGAUCGUUUGAAGAAAUACCGAAACAAGGAAUGGGAAUUCGCCAGCGAGGACGAGCAUGUCGCGUGGCGGACCAAAUUCCUCACCAUGCUGAGGUCGAGCACACAGUAUUCUCCGGCAAAGAUUUUGGACCGUCUGGACCGCGAUGAUCCCGAGUUCUUCGAAGCGCGAGCAAUCGUGUUCAGUAAAAUGGGACAACAUAAGCAGGCGCUGGAAAUCUACGUGUUCAAGCUGGAGGACUAUGCUAAAGCUGAAGAAUACUGCAAUCAUCUCCAUAAGCAGGACGAUAUCGCUUCUAAUGAAGAAGGCGGGCCUUGUGUGGCUUUGCUGGCUUACGAAGAAGACAAGCCAUCGAUUUAUUUGACUCUAUUAUCGCUCUACCUGACUCCACCACACGGAUACAAGCCACGCUAUGGGCCAGCGCUCGAGGUGCUGGCCAAACACGGAUCUCGCCUGCCCCCUGGUGCCGCGCUGGAUCUGAUCCCAGAGUCCCUUCCUGUAAAGGAGCUGGACUUCUACUUUAAGGGUCGCAUGCGGGCCGCCAACUCGAUGCUCAACGAAAGUCGGAUCGUGGCCAGCCUGCAGAAAGCCGAGAACAUCAAAACCCAAGCCCAAUUACUGGUGGGUGAAGGGACGGAUCCCAAGUCAUCGAGAUCCAGACAUGUCACCAUCACCGAAGAGAGGGUCUGCGGGAUCUGUCACAAGCGGAUCGGCGGCACUCUUUUUCUGUGCGUUCCAUCUCUUCGUUGUUUGGCUUUGACUUGUUUCUUCUUUUCUUGUUUUGUCUUCGAGUUUCCUAUUCGAUCUCAUGUUGCACAGAUUUGUCAUUUGGAGUGGGCGGACGCUUCCUGCACGAUGAUACCCGGGGAUAGCGAUCUCUUUCAUGUUUACUCAUCUUCAUAUCAUAGCCAGAAUAUAUCAAUGCAUGCCCCCAUUGCCCCCCCACCCCCUAUUUUCGCGUACAUCAUCUUCGUCCACAACCUCCUCGCCGUAGUUCGCUUCCUCCUUGGCUUCCUUUUCAGACAGUUGGCGACCCUGCGCGUCGGCGGCCUGCUUGUCCUCUUCCAUCUUCUCAGUCAGGAAGACGUUGAUCUCGUUCUGAAGGACGGGGACCAGCGAUUCCCCCUCAUUCCCUCAACGAUGUUGCGCUCGCCGGUUUCGCCAGAACGCGGUGCCUCGCGGUCUCCAAUCCCUCCGCCAACUUCACAGAGUCCUCCCCCUCCAAUUCCCCCUCUUCCUCGCCGUUCCUUUGACGAAUCCUAUACCUUCUACCACCGUCCUGGCUCCUCUGGAAGUGAUGCCUCGUCGAUUACCUCCAAUGUGACCACCAUCUCGCCUCAGCGAUCAACUACUACCACUGCUGCCGUGCCUGUGCCGCCUGCACCUGCGCCUGGAAGCACUGCCUCGCCGCGGCCACCGCGUAUCUCCUCCCUCAACACCGCCAAUCUGACCUCCGCGUCUACCACUACAUUCAAUACCACCACCACGACCUCGUCUGGGCGAUCCCCCGUCUCCUUCAUGCCGCAUAAUGAGAUCUUGAGCCGAAAGCCUUCGGGACGGGUCGUCCCGGCUGAGCUGCAGCGACGCUCUCGUCACCACUCCCAGGGUUUCUUUGAACCGUCGCUUCCUACCGCUUCUUCGACCGAGGCCUCUUUGUCAGCUUCUCGUAUUGCUGCGCAGACGGCCAUGCUUCAACAGCAGCAGCAGCAGCAGCAACAACAGCAACAGCAACAGCAACAGCAACAACAACAACAACACCACCACCAGCACCAGCAACACCCACAUCAACAACACCAGCAAACAAGCAACUCUCAACUCUCCGUGAAAAGACCCGCGACUUUGCGAGGGGUCUCUGACGACGGUUCUCAUUCCCGACGCGGCGGAAGCAUCUCGCCCCCUCCCCCGCCUCCCCCACCCCCAACCUUCGCACCCCCCGGUUCUAGUUCAGCCAGCGCGACUGGCGCCUCAGCCGGGCAGCAAUCCUACGCAAAUGGCAGCAGCACCGCCGCCGGACAUGCCCAUGCUGCCACGACAGCUGCCAACGUGGUAUUCCCCCGAAACCCAGGGCUUCAGCCUCCCGGGCUCGAGAUCCCCCAGGAGCGCGAACACAAACACAAGGGCGAGAAGUCCAAGAUGAAACUUUUCUCGAAACCCAAGCACAUCGGCAUCAGUCGAGACAAGGAUGGAGCGGGAAAGGAGAAGGGAUUGCCUUCGCCGAGCAAGAUGGGGUUUCCCAGUGGGGGGCUAUCCCGGAUCGUCAGCGCUUCGACCACCAGCUUGGCGGAUACCUUCCCCUCAAACAACUCCUCCAUGUAUAACUUGUCGAAUGCGUCUGCGACCACCGUGGUGCCGGCCGAUAAGCCGACGGGGAGUGAGAAAGAAAAGGAGAAGGAGAAACACAAACACCAUUUCCUGUCGCGCCAGAAGCUGAAGCUGAAGGAUCGCGACGAUCACUAUAAUCUGCCUCUGUCGUCCGCGUCUAGCAACUCCAAGCCGUCGGAUCCGAAUGCGCCGCAGUCCUUGUACUCGUUUACCCCUGCAUCGCCGGGGGCGACCAGCACAACGUUCGGCAAGUCGGUUAGUGGUCUGGAUUUGUUGCAUGGUCUUCGCGAGAAGAAGAAAGAAGAAAAAGCGCAAGCACAGGCGCAGGCGCAAGCGCAGGCACAGGCCGAGUCAGAGCAGAUGGAAUGGGCCGCUAGUUCGGCGGGACCGGGAGGGUCGCCGGCCGUUUUCCCCGGGCCCUCGUCUCUGGGCAGCUCUUCCGGCUUUGUGGCCGAGGCUGCGCUGCGGGAGACUCUGCAAGGGUUUGGUCUGAACAAUAUGACGCCGGAAGAUGCCUGGGACUUCUUGAAAGCGAAGAUGAUGGUGAUCUUCGACGGGGAGGACGUGCGCAUCGCGAUUGAGGAUCUCAACAAGUUGGUGCUGGUCCACAUUCAGCGUUGUAUUCAAAAGCGCACUCCCGCGGCGGUGGUUGAUGAUCUAAGAGAGCUGCUAGAGACCGGGUUCGCCUCGCUGAACCAUACCUUGAAUGGGGUUCCGGAUGAGAAGCUGGUUCCUCACCUCGUACAGGUGUGGAUGCUCAUCAAGGGCUGCGGGUCUGUUUUGAAUCGACGAGAGCCCCCUGAGUUCUGGGGUGCUGCCCGGAAUGCUGAGCACCCCGGCUGCGAGCUGGACGUGCGAAAUCUGGUUUUGGUGGCCUUCCGCGACAGAAUCGUCCUGGGUCGCUAUGAAAGUCUCAAGUCAACAUUCUCACGCCUGAGUCUCGACAGUAUAAAGCUAGGCACGGCGGCACUCAGCGUCACCACCAAGAGUAGUUCCACCAGUGGCGGCCGGCCCCCGACCGCAGCCUCGCUUGACGGGGUCGGCAGCUACAGCUCGCAAUCCUCAACACUUCUGAACGCGCAAUCUGGAAGUUAUUCUUCGGACUCGUUGAGCGGCCACCACAACAGCAGCAGCAACAACAGUCGCAGCCGCGCUGCCUCCAACACCUCCAACCCCGACCAGCUGAUUUUUCAGUCCCUCUCCUCGCCUCCCCAGCGCCCCAGCAUUAUCCACCGCCCCAACACAGCCGACACCUCGCACAUUAUCACCGAGACGGUUGGCCGCAUGUUACAGUGUGUCAGCGUCCUGGCCAGCGUGCAGACGGGCGACAAGGCCCAGGAGCAGGUCGAGGCGCUCGGCAAGGAUCUGAAGCACAACUGGCUGGGACGGGGCCGCACCGGCCGCGACCGACGCGGCUUUGUGGGCACCAAGAUUCGGCCGGCGAUCGUGGCGCGGGCCGACAGUGAUGAAUAUAUGAAAGACCUGGCCGGUCAUAGCCUUGGUCAUGGUCAUGGUCAUGGUCAUGGAGAUCUCGAUGGGCGGCUGCAUGAUGGGCGUCUGGAGAUGAUGAGUUUCUGA